GAUCCAGAGGAACUGCCAGUUGCUGGUUACAACACCGUUUACCAUGAUGAGGCUGCUGGAUGCUCAGUGCUUCCUGUUCCUGAGACUGUGUCACCUGGUGCUGGAUGAGGCUGAUGUCCUUUAUUCACAAGCACCUGAGCAGAUGUCAGUAAUCCUGAAGCACUUCCAGAAGGUGGUCUCUGGAGAAGAGAGGUCCUCGUGCCCCAGGCAGAUCAUCGCGGUGGGCAGCCGCUGGAGUGCUGGGAUAGAGGCUCUGGUCAGAGAGCACAUGAUUUACCCCUCUGUCAUCAUAACCGUGAUGGAGGAGGCAGCUCUGUAUGGCAGGGUACAUCAGAGGGCUCAGUUGUGUCUGGACUGCGAUAAGAUCUCCGUUCUGCUUGGAUCGCUGGACUUCCACCCGCCCAAACCCCAGAAAACCCUCAUCAUUACCAACUCUGCUGAGGAGACCGAGCAUGUGUAUAAGGCUGUGGUCAACACUGCCGUGUUCACACUGAAAGCUCAUGAAGAUGUGACGGAUCAGUUUGACUUUGUCAUUGAUCAGUGGAGGAAAGACAUCGGCCAUGGAACACAAGUCAUUUUGGUUACCACCAAUGACUGCCUUAAGGCUCUCGGCAUCCGGGACGCCACGUGCGUGGUGCAUUAUGGGUUUCCCAGCUCCCCCAAACUCUUCGGCAGCCGCCUGUUCUGCAUGUCAGAGCAUUUCAGAAACCUUUCAGAUAUGGAUCAUGCAGAGAGCUCCUCUCCUGCAGCUCAGUCCGUGUUGCUGCUGUCGGAGCUGAACGCCCGUCACGUGUGUGGCGUUCUGCGGUACCUGAGGAGAAGCGGCGCUCUUCUGCCCCCUGAGCUGCUACAGUUUGCUCUGGGCGUCCAGCAGGCCAAAGAGGACCGGAAGACAGACAGACCCCUCUGCUCCUCCCUUAAGAGCUUCGGCUUCUGCAGAGACAGCACAGUUUGUCCGGAUAGACACAUGAUCAACAAAUCCCUGGACCAUCCAAAGCACCCUGACUCUGGGACUAUCAUGGUUUUGCCGCUGUGCAUAAAGUCAGCGAAUGUGUACUCAGGCCGUAUCGUGAGCCGGAAAGACGAUUGUUACGAGACACUCGCUGCUGAAAUGAACGCACACUACGGUAGUGAGAGACGCUGUGCUGUCGAAGUGCUGAAGGGAGAACUUUAUGCCAUUCAAGAGGAGAACAUCUAUAACCGGGUGCGUGUUAUGGAGGUGCCGGAAAAAGGAGAGCAGCUGUUCAGCAGCGUCACUGCCUGCUUCAUAGACGAGGGCCGCACACAGGAAGUGAAGUCACACCAGCUUCUCCAACUUCCUCCUCAGUUCCAGGAUUUGCCCGGCCAGGCUGUUGAGAUCAUCCUGUGCAGAGCGCAGCCCGUCGACGGGGAGGUGGUCUGGAACCCGAAGGUGACCAGAGCCAUCAGUCAGAAGAUCAAAGGGAAGCUGCAUCAGGCCAGGGUUGUGAUGAGUGUGGGAAAUACUGUCUGGGUUGAUCCUAUGGUGCGCAUGACACGUGUUCCUGGUCUGAAGACCUACAUUAAUGAGUAUAACGUCCAUGCUGAGAUCUUGGCCUCUGGGUUUGGUGUCAAUAAUCCUCAGCAUGUGGACCUGCUGAAGAGAGUUUUCCAGGGAGACGAGAACGCAAACACACUCCAGCACUUGACAGAUGACAGGUUUAUUACUAAUAUUCAGAUCAGUCUAAUGUUUUAA